AUGGGUGCCACCUUAGCAUUUUCAUUCUGGACGUUGUUCGUCACCGGUUCAAUUCUCGCGUACUUUAUCACCCAUCGCAACACAGCCGAAAGGGACCUCAACGCUAAGAAGGCCGAACUUGCAGAAGUCAACCGCAAGCAAAGGGCAUUGGCGGAACUCAAGACCAAAUUUGACGGUAUGAAACCAGACAUUGCACUUAUCUGCGAGAAGCUCGUGAUUUUCGGCAACAUUUGGCAGUCAGUCAGCGCUCAAUGCGCGGCUUUCGGAAAGCAUCUCGAGAAAGGUAUGGAUGCCCUUAAUGACGAGGAAUUCCGGUUGCAAGUCAAGCUCGCUAGGAAGACGUGCACUCCUCUUCGUAACGGGCUUACCAGAUAUGCGACGUCGCUCGAUAAAUCUCCUCUCUCCCAGUCCUAA